AUGAUUGAUUUAUUAUUUGAUGAAGAUACAACAACAAUUAAACCUUUACAAAUCCAUUCUAAAAUGGGAGAAGUAUUUCUUCAAACUCAUCAUGCUUUAAAUUUUGCUGUGAAUCAUCUGAUUUGUAAUCGAUUUAUAGUUCAUGUUUUUGCUAGUUGUGAUUCCGUCAUAGUCGAAGUGGAAAAUUGUAUAGACACCUUGAUUGAAAUUUUGAAAAAUGAAGGAAAUAAAUUUUUUGAGAUUACUUAUGAAACUCUUGAUUCAAGAAUUUACAAUUCUAUUAUAAAGCAUAUUGAAACAUCACAAGAUCUUUCUAAAAUGGCAAAAUAUAUUGAAUUUGAUGUUAUUUAUGGAUCUCUUAUUUCAAGUAAAAAUGCAGAAAACAUCAAAAUCAAACUUAAAGAAGAUAUUAAAACAACAAAAUUUCUGCUCUCCAAUGACCACAAUCCAAAAAUUAAAUUUUCUGUAUGCAUUGAAGAUAAGCGUAUUGAUGUGUCAAUGUAUGAAGAUAACGUAAAGUAUGAGUCGGAAGUUAGAGUUGUGAUUAAGAGAAUUAAAUAA